AUGGCCGACACAGGUCUUCCCGCCGGUUGGGAAGUUCGCCAUUCCAACUCUAAGAAUCUCCCAUACUAUUUCAACCCUUCUACAAAAGAGUCUCGCUGGGAGCCACCUGCGGAAACUGAUACCGAUAAGCUGAAAGUAUACAUGGCGCAAAACCACACCCCGGCUGCUCGCCCUGACCCCUCUGGCGAGGGCGAGGGCAAGGGCAAGAUCCGCUGCAGUCACUUGCUCGUCAAGCAUCGCGAUAGUCGCCGUCCCAGCAGCUGGAGGGAAGCUGAUAUUACUCGCACAAAGGAGGAGGCGAUUGAGAUUCUUAAGGGUCAUGAACAGCGCAUUCAAUCUGGAGAAACUACCCUUGGCGACUUGGCAGUCGCUGAGUCCGACUGCAGCAGUGCCCGGAAGAAGGGCGAUUUGGGCUUCUUUGGCCGCGGCGAAAUGCAAAAGGAGUUUGAAGAUGCCGCUUUUGGCUUACAGCCUGGCCAAGUCAGCAGCGUUAUUGAGACAGCAUCCGGAGUUCACCUCAUUGAACGUGUCCAAUAA